AUGUCGAAACGUUCCAUCGGUGGUGGAUCUCCAGUGGCUGUUAAGCGCCAACAUCAUGAUCUGUAUGAAACAUCAUCUUCAUCCAAUUCAGAUUAUAAUUCUGAAGCAGUAGAAACUUGGAUUGCCUGUGGUAAAUGUGCCACUACUUUGGGAUUAUAUGUGUUGGCUAUAAGAGCGUUUGAAAGCGCCGCCCAACAUAAUCCUGGCAGUGUUGAUGCAUUAGUUGGAUUCUCCCAAUCGUUACGGUUUAAUGAUAUCCAUGUGAAUGAAACCUUGGGUCUGCAAGCUGCCAUAGAGAAGUUGAACCGUGCCAUAGAAUCUAUUCCCUCCCUUUUGAAACGAUUUGAAAUCUUCCAAGAGUUGGCUGAAUGUUAUUUGUUAGUUGGUUUCAACGAACAAGCUCAUCAGGCCAUUCAAGCAGCAAUUCAAUUGAAUGGUAGUAAUCCAUCGCUAUGGCUUCUUUCAGCUCAAACGUUAAUAAGAGCAGGUGCAAGACAACAUGCAGCAAAUGCUCUUAAUAAAUGUUUAUCCCUUUUACCCGAACAGUUGAUAUCUCCUGUUAAAGAAGAAUUUGGUGGUCAAAACGACCCCAAUCAAAAUGUCGAAAUCGCCAGAAGAGCCCAUGCGGAAUUGGCAGCUAUCGCAGCAGCUGAUGGGAACAUUGAGUUAUCAAUAAAAGAGUUGACCCUGACAUUAUCCUUACCUCCACCUCCAUUAUCUCGAAUAGAUGAACAUAUUGCAUUAUGGUGUGCUCUUGUCACUGCCAAAGAAAGAGACGGUGAUAUCCCCGGGGCCUUACAAGCUUGUGAACAAGCAGAGGUCGCAGUUGGGGAAUCACCAAGAAUAUUAUUACUCUAUGCAUAUUUAUUAUUGUUGACUAGCGAGGAACAAACAAAGAAGAGUCAAAGAACCCCAGUUGAAGAACCAAUAUAUAGAGCAAUCUCAUUGUUGGAGAAUGUUAUUGACUUGGAAAGAGAUCCUAAGAAUCCAGCAGCCCAACCACCUUCUAGUGACGGUGACUUUUUACCUUGGUAUUUGAUGGGUAAAGCAUAUUCCCUUUUGGAUAAUCCAAGAGCAGCAUAUGAUUCUUAUCAAGUUGCCUUAAGAAGGGCUUCCAGCUCACCAAUUACCUGGUUAUCAGUAGGGAGAUUGUAUUUACAGUUGAAUCAAUUGUCCGAUGCCCUUGAUGCUUAUUCCCAAGCUCUUCGUGUUCAAAUCGACGAAAACUCAACUGGAACAGCAACUGCUUGGGAUGGUCUUUCUUGUGUCUAUGAAAGAUGUGACGACCAAUUGAUGGAUGCAGCAGAUGCUUGUGCCAGAUCAGCAUUAUGUUACAGAAAUAUUGGUGAUGUUAAGAAUGCUCAAUACUUUGAUGAUAGAUCUAAGAUUUUAACCAAAGCUUCCAAGAAAGAAGGACCAGUUCCUCCAUUAAGAGACCCACCAGAUGUUCCACCAUUCUUUUUACGUGAUUUGGUUGCUUUGUUACCGUCAGAGAGAAUAGCAUUUGUUCAAGGUUCUCAACUCCGUCAACAGCAAAUCCAACAACAGUUACUGCUGCAACUCCAGCAACAAUCUUCACCAUCUCAAAGUCAAAUCCAACCACAACAUGUUCAAAAGGCUUCACCAGGACAAUCACAAGCACAGGAAGUAGUUCAACAACCCGGUCAACAACACAGCACUCCACAAGUUCCGGCAGAAGCGAAAGUUGUUACUGCUGCUCCACUACCAGGAUCAUCUGGGGGUGGUGCUGCUACUCAACAGCAAUUCCAUCCUCCAGGCAUUCAACCACAGCCAACACCAAUCCAUGCUGCUCAACAACCUCAACAACAACCACAACAAUGGUCUCCACUGCAACCAGGUCCUGCUCCACAGCCCACCCAACAGCAACCUUCACAACAACAACCUCAACAACAACCUCAACAGCAACCUCAACAACAACCUCCCUUCCCCCAAUACUAUUAUCAACCGGUACCCGGUGCUCAAUUCUCUCCACAAGUUACUGGAGCUCAGCAUAAUGGUGGUCAAAUACCCCAGAUUCCUCCAGUGCCGCAAGGGCCACCAAUGGGACAACCUAUGCCUAAUGGAGCUCCAAUGUACCAACAGCCACACCAAGGAGGGCAACAAAGAUCACCAUUGGUUCACCAGUUGAUUCCAAAUGGGUAUCCUUAUCCGCAACAAACACAAGCUCAACAAUUUUUCCCUGGAGCACCACCAAUGUUGCCUCAUGGUUAUAGUUAUGCCAGUCAAUGUGGAAUCCCCAUCGGACUUCCAUCUCAUCCUCAACAGCCAGGACAAGAAGCUUCUGCCAUUGCCAAUGGGAAUGCAGUUUCCAGUGCUACUCCACAACCUCCAUUCCCCCAACACGCACCUUACGCUCCUUUAGUUAACACUUGGAGGUGA